AUGGCCUCUGGUUAUCCUCCGCCAUUCGAAGGCCCAGGAGAGGUCAAAGAGGGGUUCCUUUGUCCACUGUGCCUCAAGGAUUUACAGUCCUUCUACCAGCUCCAAGAUCACUAUGAAGAGGAGCACUCUGGAGACGAUCGACACGUUCGAGGGCAACUCAAAAAUUUGGUCCAGAAAGCCAAGAAAGCCAAGGACAAGUUGUUGAAGAGGGAAGGAGAGGACAGACCUGACAGUGGCACUUAUGAAUCCUUCUAUUACGGAGGAGUGGAUCCGUACAUGUGGGAGCCUCAAGAGCUUGGAGCAACCAGGAGUCACCUAGAACUUUUUAAGAAGCACAGGGCUGAACGAAUAGACCACUAUGUGAUUGAAGUCAAUAAGCUUAUAAUUAGAUUGGAAAAGUUGACAUCAUUUGACAGGACCACUGCAGACACCGCAAAAAUAAGAGCCAUUGAGCGUUCAGUGGUUUCGUGGGUAAAUGAUGCGGAUGUCCCUUUCUGUCCGGACUGUGGAAACAAGUUUAACAUUAGAAAUCGUCGCCAUCACUGUCGCCUGUGUGGAUCUAUCAUGUGCCGAAAAUGCAUGGACUUCAUUCCUAUACCUUUGGCUCAAAAAAUCAUAACUUCAACUAGGGAAGCCCUGUGCAUCCAAGGAAUGCUCAGUCAGUCCCAAACUCCGCCAGCAGAGGGCAGCGGCGGGGGCAUGGGCUCUCGAAGGGGCAGCCUCACGAGCCUGAGCAGCGUCACUUCCAUGUUGGAGGAGAAGGACGACGAGAAGAUCCGCUGCUGCCACCACUGUACGGACACACUGUUGAAACGGCAGCAGAAGCUCGACGAAAAAGACUUUGUACCCGACAUUGUGAAAUUAUAUGAGAGGCUCAGGAUGUGCAUGGACAAGGUGGACGAAAAGGCUCCAGAAUACAUCCGAAUGGCAGAGUCUCUCAACACUGGGGAAACUACAUACAAUCUUGACACGGCAGGCGGCUUGAGGCUAGAAGUCCAGAAAUAUUAUGAACUUAUCGAUGCUCUUAGUAAAAAGAUUUUAACACUGGGAUUAAAAACGGAACCACCGCCACGCCCAAAAAACCUGCAGCUCCAGAAGAUGAUCCGAUAUUCCGCCACACUAUUUGUUCAGGAAAAACUAUUGGGGCUUAUGUCUUUACCAACUAAAGACAAAUAUGAAGAGUUGAAGGAAAAGAGAGCACAAGAACAAGAGAAGAGGCUACAACAAGAAAGAAUGGCUGCACAAGAGGCACUAAAGCGAAGGCAGGAACGAGAUGAGAAAAGCCGCACCAACGGAGAAAUACCACAAGUGAGAGUCCCGCGCAUGACCAAGGCCGGCGGCUGGUUGCCCUCCUCUGACGGACUCAGCGAACUCGAAGACCCUCUGCUCCAGCAAAUCGAGAACAUCCAGUCGUUCUUACGGCAGGCCCGAGAAGCCAAGAGAGCAGACGAGGUGGCCAUGUUGGAGGAAAACCUACGCCAGCUUGAGGAUGAAUACGACCAGCAGCAGACGAGUUUGGCCAUCGCACUCUCUGCAAAGCUGGCUGAAGAAGAGACUUUGCAACAGGGGGAGCUGCAUCGGUUGGAGGAGUGGGAAAGGGAGGAGCGAGAGAGUCGUGCGGUUAAUAUCAGUUUUCUUCCGUCGCCCUAUACUUGGGAGAAGUCUUUAGAUAUUGCACCUGAAGCUAGCAAAGAUGAGAAUACAGCAGCAACAGAGGAGCAAGCCCCGAGAGCAGACAGAAGCCCAAACUCACUCCGGGUUGCUCCAGUGAAUCAAGAAGAGUCUCCCCCACGGUUGAGAAGCUUGGGUGGACAUGUGACGCCCCCUAGUGGCGAAGGACAGAGCAGCAUCUCUCUAAACCCUUUUGACGAAGAGGACUCUACUCCCAUAGAGGAAGACAACCCGUUUUUUGAGGAUAUUCAGAAAGAUUAUGAGGUGGUGGCGAACGUGGCCAGCGCUAAUGGUGCCAAAGAGUACAAUCCGUUUGAUGAAGAUGAGGAGGCUGAAGGCGAAGCACAAAGUGGAGGGAAUCCAUUUGAGGAAAGCAACCCGUUUUCAGAGGCCACAGAAGUUUCGACAAACCCUUUUGAGGGAGAUGACAACGAGGUUUUGCCGGAUGUGGAUAUGAUCGAGGAGGAAUUGUUACUGCAGCAAAUCGAUAACAUCCGAGCCUAUAUUUUUGACGCUAAACUCAACAGGCGCCUGGAUGAAGUGGAGCUUUUGUCCCAGAACUUGCGAGAGCUUCAGAAAACGCUACAAGAGCAGAAGAAGAAGCACUGA